AUGUCUGUCAUCACCAAGAGUUUACAUGAAAACCAAAAUACCAAUUCUUAUUUAAGUUUUGAUGCAAGUCAAGAGCUUGAAAUAAUUUCUCGUAUGUGGAGUAGAUCAAUAAGAGAAAACAUUGCCUUGGAACCUUAUCAAAUACUUCAAGUACUAAUUUUAGAAAUCAAUGGUAUUAAAUAUCAUGAAAAUGCUACGUUAUAUGAAAUAAAGACUGUUGGUGUAGGAUAUAAGCCAUUUGAUGAUUCUUUACUAGAAAUUUUUAUCCUAGCAAGAUUUGAAAGAAUAUACAGUAAAUUGAUUAUACCAGAAUGGAACGUCACGCAGUUCAAUAUUUUAAGAAUGAAACAAAUUUCGACUUCUUGA